AUGCAAAGCGCCUUUGGCGACGCUGCCCACGAAGACCGCCAAUUAACACUCGACGAAAUCGUCAAGACGCCCAACCUAUACCUCGAGGCCGUGAUCGAGGAGAUCUCCCUGAUAUUCGUGCGUGCCUUGAGUCUACUUUGCACCUCCGUCAUCUUGGCAAGUAAUAAGGCAGCUCUCUUCGCAUUCCUCACGGGUCCAGAGCUGGAGCCAAGUGGAAAUAUCCAAAUGAGGAUCCUUGGCCUUGACCGUGGGUCUCGCUUCCCCAAGAGCUUCGAGUUGCUCGAUCGCCCACUUCUGUUGCAAUCUGUCCGGGACUUCCUUUUAACAUGA